ACAUUACAUAGUUCUCAGUGCUAUGUCUGCCAAUGAGGAAGAUCAUAUAAAAUGGUAUCUUACCUUUAGUUGUACACUUUACAGUAAUCCAUUAAGUUGCAUUGGGCCUUAAUGUAGCCCACUUUAUACAAUUACUGCGCGAAACACGAGCCGAAGCCUGCCGAAGGCGAGUGAUUUUGCGCGCUUUUCUUAACUCGAGCAACAUUCCCAAGUGUUUGGAUCAGGUCAUCCAAACACGGAAACCAUAAAGUAAUUGUUUUAUAAAAUAACAACAAAGUUAGACAUGUUUAAAAUUCCCGUGAAGGCACUUUAAAUUUCCGUGUUUGGAUGGCCUGAUCAAACACGGGUUCCGACCAGUCAGAGCACGCGUUAUAUACGUGUUAUUUUAUAAUAUUAUUUUACUAUAACACUAGAUUAAAUUUACUCAUCAAAGGGAGAGUGGUGGCGUUCAAUGAGUUAAAUAAAGUAUCAGAUGACUGAUGCAUGUUCACUUUGCACAUAUCUCACAAUUCAGGUUUGCAAUUGGCAAAUGCCAACCUGGUUGCUGACGUAUUGUCAUGUCAGGAUGGCAAUGAGCUUGCAUGAGUUGCAAAUGUAGAGUAAACAGGAAAAGCAAGUGCAGAAUCUUCCUCUACUACUUCUUCCAUCCUCUACAUAUGGAAAGUAUAUGAUAAAAUUAUCUAAGGGCGCUUUCCAUUAACACGGCCAGACCGGUCAGAACGGUCAAAAUGUUGAAUGGAACACAAAACAUUUGGGCUUCGGACCUAUCUGACCGUAACCUGAAGUUCAGGCCCUAAUCACAGAAUAGGGCCUGAACUUCAGGUUAAUCUGACCAGGAAAUCUAGAUAACAUUAGAGUGAGGUCCAUUUUCACUAGAUAUUUGAGAAACAUAGACCAGAUAUUUCCAUUGAUACAGAGAAAAGAGUUUGGGUCUGACUGGUCAGGCCAUUAAAUGGAAAGCGCCCUAAGAGUUAUUUCAAUAGAGUUUCAGAGUUGUUAAUAUUACAGCAUAUGCGCAUUUUGUUAAAAAAUAAAAGUUUGCUGAUCUAUUUUCGUUCAAGGUUGUCAAACUGCCGACCCUAUUGUUUGCUAAUUUCAAGGCCUGUUUGGAUAUGUUUUCAGGGUUGGUUUGGUUGAAUCUAAAGUAAGACUGCUGGUCGGUCAACUGGAAAACAAACCAUAUAUUGAACUUGCUCACGUUAAUCCAAACCACUACCCACCUCUAAGUCCUGACAAGGAUUGUUGUAUUAGCCGCUGGUUUAUUGGAUUGUCGUUUGAAAAAGCAGGUAGUAUUGUCUACUGGUAUAAUUGUACCUCGUGA